UCGGAGGAAAUCCCAUAUUUGAAAUUUAGUAAAUGCUUACUGUGAUGCGCAAAUGGCGCAUUCACUAAAAUAGAAAAAAAGAAACGUUUAGUUGAGUAAGAAUUACCAGAAAGUGAUCUAGUGGAGUUAACUUGAAUUUUUUGGAAUAAUUUGCAGAUCUGGAUGUCACAGAGGAUUAGUGCUUUAAUGAUGUUCAUUGUGCCAUGACUUAAUACAAGCCUUUUUAAAAUGAACAUAUUGAAUCAUUUUGUUACAAUCGAACAGUUUUUAACAAAAUCAAUAUCUACUGUGCACAGUUGACAAUAUACUUCCGUGCGCUAUUAUGGAAUGUAUGAAUGAGCCAGGGUAACAGUGACCGGUUGAUUUCAACUAGAGGACAACACCAACGUCAAAUCAGGUCCCUGGACGAGUCAGCUCAAGAAAUGACAGAACCAAAUGCAACUGCUAUGGAUCAUGGUGAGGAAAUCUUUCAGAUGUAUUGCGAGCCCUGCUACAGACAUGGGGGUACUUUCGUGACGGCGACUGCAUUUUGCCCGUCCUGUGUAGAUUACUUCUGUGAAUUAUGCUUAAGCUAUCACGGAAGGUUUCUCUCUGAGCAUGAAUAUUUGGACAAUGAUAAAAUGCCUCGGGACAUAUGUCUUGAAAAAUGUUCAACACAUGCAAAUGAAAUUAUCAAAUUUUACUGCGCUGCUUGCAAGACAUUUGCGUGUUCAGAAUGUAAGAAAAAGGGCCACAAUGUGUCAGCUUCCUGCAAGUUGGAAUACCUUUCGGACUUUGUCAACGAUCUUGAGAUUGAAUCAAGUUUGAAGAAGUUAAUCUCUAAAAGCGACGACGUUGUGAAAAAAGUUUCAGAAACAGAGCAGCUAAUAAUGAAAAACCAUGAAAUCAUUAGCGAUAUUCCUCAAGAAGCCAAAAAUACAUUAAAGAAUGAGACAGAAGCAAUGUUCUCUUUUUUUUAUAAAGAAAUGCAAAACAUUGAAGAAGAGAUACAGUCAGAAAAGAAACUGGAUAAUGAUCGUAUUGAAGGUUUAAAACAAAAAUAUUAUUCGUUGAAGUUUGAUAUUGACAAGUUGUCCGAUACUUACAAGCAGUCCUCAAAGUCUGAUAGCAAUCAAAAAUGUACACAUUUCAUGAAACUAACAACUUUCAGCCAAGAACUUGAGGGUAUGGUAGUCUCUCUACAAGGCGUGCCGAAACAAUGUACCUUAAGUGGUGAUAAAUUGAAGUCUUCUGUCAAAAAGCAGGUAAACGAAUUGAGUGAAAGGGUGAAAACAAUCGGCACUGCGGUCAGAAAAUUCGACACACAAAGCAAAAGAACGAAUGACGAAAAAUGUGAAAUCAAUUAAUUUCGUCGGCACGAAAUUUCAUGGUUUUAGCCAAAACGGCAGUUUCAUGGGGACGUAAAUUCGUGGAUUUUCAAUUUUUGAAGAAAAAAACAAUAAUUUCCACAGGAAUAGAUCUACUAGUAAUUCUGUCCUUACAUGUGAAACCUACACGUGUCAAACAGCGCUGAUUGUAGGACAUUUGCCCCCCAGGACAUUUGUCCCCCAAUGAAAAAAUGAACUGCUGGACAUUUGCCCCCCAGUUGAAAUGGCAGAUAGGACAUUUGCCCCCCAUUGCUUAUUUUUGGAAUGGACAUUUGCCCCCCAAUAUUUUUGUCCUAUAUGCCAGUAUAUAUAACUGUAUGUUUGGUUGUUUUAUUAUCAAAAUUACUCUAAAAGGCAAUUUUCAGUAAAAAAAAGUGUUUUAUUGAUAAUAAUUUGUUAAAUAUGUUAAUUACUUUCAUGUGUUAAGAUAAAUAAUAGCCUAUUAUUCAGUAAUAAAAGUGCUCAUAACAGUGUUAUAAUUUCUUAAUUAGUGCAAUGUUUUUAACACUCAAACUUGUUAAUUUGGCAAUUAUCUACUACAAAAUUGUAUAAAAACAAAGCCAUUGUCCCCUAAAAUAUGACAAAUGUCUUGUAUCAAGUUCCCAAAAAAUCACUGGGGGACAAAACUAUUGGGGGGCAAAUGUCCGUUUCAGAAAUAAGUACUGGGGGCAAAUGUCCUAUCUACCAUUUCAACUUGGGGGCAAAUGUCCAGUAGUCCACUUUUUCAUUGGGGGGCAAAUGUCCUGGGGGGCAAAUGCCCGGAUCCCAACAGCGCUACCAUGGUUACCGAAUUUGCAAUUUACGCCGCGGGAGAUUAGCGAGUGAUCAUGUGCCAAUUAACGACCGCCUUAUCUAUAAUUAAACGACCCCUAAUUUGCAAAACUUUUUAGAACUGUGAAAUGAUGUCAGUACAAUUCUAAUGGUUUCUUGCACUGACAGGAUACCAUGUUGUGAUAAAUACAUGUAUAUAUGUUGUGCUGGUGUUUGUGCACUAACAGGAUAUAGGGUAGCAAUAAUCCACAUGGAAACAUGGUGGCACAAAGAGUUUGUCUGCAGUUUCUGUGUGUGUAUUGAAAUGGUCGUUUAAAUCAAGGAAAAAUGUCAAAAGGUUAUUGUUAAUUGAUAAGAUCGAGAUAUCUUCAUGUAUAUCUGGUCAGUGGGCACUAGUUGAAUUUUAUGAAACAUGUGGAGAGUUUAAAACAAAACUGGUGUAUCUACAUUUUGGAUAAUUGAUGUAGAUAAAAGCGUUUAUCAUUCCAACAUGAUGUCAAUUAUAUCACGAAUGGCCCCUGUUUAAUAUGUCUAACAGAAGCCUAAUCAAAGUAAAAAUAUGAUGAAUUUUAUGACAGUUCUAUUAAUAGUAUAAUUGUGCUAUUAAUAGAAUAAACAUUUUAUAAUGUAAAGAAUAUUACUGUUUAUAUGGUGUUUUUGCAUUUAAUUAAUGUUAGGCGAGAGAACAGACAUUUUUUGAAAUGUGUGUAAGCUGAUUAUUUAGAUCUGAUUCGGAGUAUUAUGAUAGCAUUCCAAAUAAUGAUAAAAAAAAUUGCAUCCUCCGUUAAACAACACUAUUCGGAAUAUAAAAAAAUAAAUUUAUUUUUUUUUAUUAGUAAGUCAAGAAAUUAUUCCAGGUGGAAAGAAUUAUCUGCCUUGCUAAGGAGGUCUAUUUUAGCUAGAGGUGAGUGACCUAAGACCAUCUUGGCCCUCUUGUUUUAGCUAGAGGUGUUGUUAGCAAAGGGUAC